AACCUAACGAUGUUCAGAGUCAUGUUGUUUUAAAUAAUCAUUAAAUCAACCCCCCACAAAAUUUCACUACUCGGUUUUUAUAAUCUGUGAGUUAUAAUAACAAAAAUAAGUUAAGUUUGGUUGCUGUUUUUACUCAGUAGCUGGUUUUGUUUUUGAGCGUCGACUGGUGUUUUUUCUUUUCAGUCGCCGUAAGCGGAGCUAACGUUAGCCGAUAAGCUUUUCCUCACAAACAACCCAACCCUCAUUCAUUGUGGUAUUCAUCAGUCUAAGUGAAAAUUGGGAGGCGUUGAUGAGCAGUAAUGUCUGGUAUUGCUCUUAGCAGACUGUCUCAGGAGCGUAAAGCUUGGAGGAAAGACCAUCCAUUUGGCUUUGUUGCUGUGCCGACUAAGAAUCCAGAUGGAACCAUGAAUCUGAUGAACUGGGAGUGUGCCAUCCCUGGGAAAAAAGGAACAUUAUGGGAAGGAGGACUGUAUAAACUCAGAAUGCUGUUCAAAGACGACUACCCUUCUUCUCCACCCAAAUGCAAGUUUGAGCCACCUAUAUUCCACCCGAACGUCUACCCGUCAGGUACCGUGUGUCUGUCCAUCCUGGAGGAGGACAAAGACUGGAGGCCGGCCAUCACUAUCAAACAGAUCCUGUUGGGCAUCCAGGAGCUGCUGAAUGAGCCCAACAUUCAGGACCCAGCACAAGCAGAGGCUUACACGAUUUACUGUCAGAACAGGAUGGACUAUGAAAAGCGGGUCAGAGCUCAAGCCAAGAAGUUUGCCCCCACAUAAAAAGGAGAGCUGCCCCCGCUCUUCCCCCAGUCCCACCUGAGCAGCCUGAAGGGAUGAUGGUAACUCAGGAGGCAGGCAGCACCUGAAGGACCACUCCAAUAAGAUCAACGUUUGAAUUAUUAUUAUUAUUAUUAUUAUUAUUAAGUUACACAGAUGACAUACAAGCCUGGCUCUCUGCAUUCAUUUUAAACAAAAUGCAAUAGAUUUAUUUUUGAUUUGACCGCUCUUUUACGAUGUAUUGAUUUUUGUAACUCCUGUAUAAUCCAUACCCUAAACGUGACUUAAUAUCACAAUUAACGUGUCGACACAGCUGUACAGAGAAGACUACGUGUCCAAACCAGUUCGUGUAAAGCCCAAUCGAUCAAACCUCCUUCCAGUCUUGAACAAAGGGAAGAGACAACUUGGUUACAUUUUUCGCGAGUGUGCCUGCAAGGCUUGUGGCGAAGCUGUGGUGAGCAUUACGGAACGCUGAUUCUUCCCCCGUAUUUUCACAAAGGAAAAAUACGUAGUUUAGGUCAAAGACAGUCCAGCCGGUUGUGGCUCCUUAUUUGAGGAGGAACAUCUUGAUCUGGUGGAGAAGGAACAGGAAGUUGAAAGUAUUCAGUGUACAGAUUAGUUUGUGGAUCCUCCUGAAAGUCAGUAAUAGUUUUGAACUUCACACACAUUCUUCAUCGGGAUGCCGUCUUCUUCCAAAGAUGCUGUAAGAUCAUGUUGGGAUAAGAAACUUAAGAAACCGGUCGUUCUAACCAAAAAAAAAAUACUUCACUAAUGACCAUAAAUGUGUAUUAUCUGGGAACCGGUCCAGCAGCAGCAAAGUCUCGUAAACAACAACAAAAAACAAACAAACAAACAAACAAACAAACAAGUGCACUAGAGUGUUAAGAUAAAGUUUUAUAGUCACUCAGAAAAAAAUAAUCAUUUGUUUCACUGUUUUCAGAUUAAAGUCUGACGGUUGAGAUUAAAAUAGAAAUAUUUGAAGGAAAAAGUCAACACCAAGAGCUUUUUGUUUUUUGUUUUAUUUAAACUUGUUCUACAACCUAAACUUAAGACACUAUUAAAAUUCCUUACAUUGUGUUGAUGAGCUUAAAAAUUCUUUAGUCAAAAUAAAUCACUUAUUCAUCCAAAACUAUUAAAAUUUUAUUUCCCUUUUUGUCUCAAAGUAAUAAUAGUUCUAGAAAUACAUUUUGACUUUAUGUGUAUUUCUACUUUAAUCUUGACGUCAUGACUUUAAUCUCAGAAUAGCAAAGAUAAAUGUGUAUUUUUUUUUUAUCCGAGAGUCUCUAGAAUUUUGUCGUAGAGUGAAGGCCCAAGGUUUUUUUUUUAUUAUUUUUGCCUCUGAACCUAUGAGCACAUGUAAAUAAUAUAAAUAAGAGAAAAGUGUCAAUGUAAUGUUUUAUAUUGUUUUAGCCGGUUGACAUUGUGUGUGGUAUUGUAACAAAAAAACCAAUAAAUCAAUGGUCUAAAAUUGUGAAAUAAAGUUGAAAGAAAACCAAA